CCAAACAGGGUCACCCGGCUUGAUCGCAAGGCAUGCAAUCUCUGUCAUACACAAGCUAGCGUAGCAAAUUCAUAUACCUUCAGAGACUACAGCCUUUGUAUACAGCCAGCUGUGACAUUUUGUUUAAUGUUAUUUUUUACAGCGUGACUUCACGCUUUUCUGUAUUAAUAUAGAUACAGCACACCAGAGAAAGCAGGAUGGAGUGGCAGCCAGACGAACAAGGUCUGCAGCAAGUGCUUCAGCUGCUCAAAGAUUCCCAGUCCCCAGACACAGCCACUCAGAGAGCUGUGCAAGAAAAACUGGAGCAGCUUAACCAGUUUCCUGACUUCAACAACUAUCUCAUCUUUGUCCUCACAAGCCUCAAGUCUGAGGACGAACCCACUCGCUCUCUCAGUGGUCUGAUCUUGAAGAACAAUGUGAAAGCUCACUACCAGAACUUCCCCCCUACCGUGGCUGACUUCAUCAAACGAGAAUGCCUCAACAACAUUGGAGACCCUUCGCCGCUUAUCAGAGCUACAAUCGGGAUUUUGAUCACAACCAUAGCCUCUAAAGGAGAGCUGCAGACGUGGCCGGAGCUUUUACCACAGCUUUGUAAUCUGCUCAAUUCAGAGGAUUACAACACCUGCGAGGGCUCUUUCGGGGCCCUGCAGAAGAUCUGUGAGGAUUCAUCCGAGCUGUUGGACAGUGACGCUCUAAACAGACCUCUCAAUAUCAUGAUCCCUAAAUUUCUCCAGUUCUUUAAACACUGCAGCCCCAAGAUCAGGUCCCAUGCCAUUGCUUGUGUGAACCAGUUCAUCAUUGGACGAGCUCAGGCUCUGAUGGAUAACAUCGAUACUUUUAUUGAGAGUCUGUUUGCCCUGGCUGGUGACGAAGACAGUGAAGUGAGGAAGAACGUUUGCAGGGCUCUGGUCAUGCUGCUGGAAGUUCGCAUCGACCGCCUCAUCCCACACAUGCACAGCAUCAUCCAGUACAUGCUGCAGCGGACACAGGACCCGGAUGAGAACGUGGCUCUGGAAGCCUGUGAGUUCUGGCUCACUCUGGCUGAGCAGCCCAUCUGUAAAGAGGCCCUGUCUGGCCACUUGGUUCAACUGAUUCCUAUCUUGGUGAAUGGGAUGAAAUACUCUGAGAUAGACAUCAUUCUUCUAAAAGGUGAUGUUGAAGAGGACGAGACCAUCCCAGACAGCGAGCAAGACAUCAAGCCUCGCUUUCACAAGUCCCGCACCGUCACGCUGCAGCACGAGGGAGGGGAGGGCGAGGAGGGGGAGGACAUAGAUGAGGACGACGAUGACGACGACGACACGUUGUCCGACUGGAAUCUUCGAAAGUGCUCGGCCGCGGCUCUAGACGUUCUUGCCAACGUCUUCCGUGAGGAGCUGCUUCCCCAUCUCCUGCCUCUCCUUAAAGGACUGCUGUUCCACCCCGACUGGGUCAUCAAGGAGUCCGGCAUCUUGGUGCUGGGGGCCAUUGCUGAGGGCUGCAUGCAGGGAAUGGUGCCGUACCUGCCUGAGCUCAUUCCUCAUCUCAUCCAGUGCUUAUGUGACAAGAAGGCUCUGGUCCGCUCUAUUGCCUGCUGGACCCUCAGUCGCUACGCCCACUGGGUGGUCAGCCAGCCCCCUGAUGCUCACCUCAAGCCCCUCAUGACCGAGCUUCUCAAACGCAUCCUGGAUGGAAACAAGAGGGUGCAGGAGGCGGCAUGCAGUGCUUUUGCCACCCUUGAGGAGGAGGCAUGUACAGAGCUGGUGCCUUAUCUGAGCUUCAUCCUGGACACGCUGGUUUUUGCUUUCGGGAAAUAUCAGCACAAGAAUUUGUUGAUUCUCUAUGACGCCAUAGGAACGUUGGCUGAUUCUGUGGGACACCACCUCAACCAGCCUGAGUACAUCCAAAAGCUGAUGCCCCCUCUGAUAGCGAAAUGGAAUGAGUUGAAGGAUGAAGACAAAGACCUCUUUCCUCUGCUCGAGUGUCUGUCGUCUGUUGCCACGGCUCUGCAGAGCGGCUUCCUACCGUACUGCGAGCCUGUGUAUCAGCGCUGCGUAACCCUCGUCCAGAAGACGCUGGCUCAGGCAAUGAUGUACAGUCAGCAGCCAGACCAGUAUGAAGCACCAGACAAGGACUUCAUGAUUGUGGCCCUGGACCUAUUGAGCGGCCUGGCUGAGGGGCUUGGGGGCCACGUGGACACGUUGGUAGCCCGCAGUAACAUCAUGACCCUGCUUUUCCAGUGCAUGCAGGAUACGAUGCCUGAGGUGAGGCAGAGUUCAUUUGCUCUGCUGGGCGACUUGACCAAGGCUUGCUUCCCUCAUGUUAAACCAUGCAUUGCUGAAUUUAUGCCGAUCCUUGGAACAAAUCUGAACCCAGAGUUCAUCUCUGUGUGCAACAACGCUACCUGGGCCAUAGGGGAGAUCUGCAUGCAGAUGGGAGUGGAGAUGCAGCCGUACAUAGCUAUGGUUCUAAACCAGCUAGUUGAGAUCAUUAACCGACCCAACACACCCAAAACUCUGCUGGAAAACACAGCCAUCACCAUCGGCAGACUGGGUUACGUUUGCCCUCAGGAGGUCGCUCCCAUGCUGCCGCAGUUUAUCCGACCCUGGUGUACGUCUCUGCGCAACAUCCGAGACAACGAGGAGAAAGACUCCGCCUUCCGUGGGAUUUGCAUAAUGAUCGGCGUGAACCCCGGAGGCGUUGUGCAGGAUUUCAUCUUCUUCUGUGAUGCUGUGGCCUCCUGGGUGAACCCUAAGGAUGAUCUGAGAGACAUGUUCUACAAGAUCCUGCAUGGCUUCAAAGAGCAGGUUGGGGAGGAGAACUGGCAGCAGUUUUCAGAGCAGUUCCCCCCACUGCUGAAGGAGAGACUGGCAGCCUGCUACGGCGUUUAGGUUUUCCACACCCACCCAAGAGGUGAGCCAGCAGGAGGAGGGUGAAUGGGAAACUCAUCCAUCUGUGUAUUGCACGGCCCUGAUCUGGGGGGAGGGAGAGGGACGCUUUUGGCCGCUCCCCCUGAUGGACGGCCCCCACGCCCUAUGUGUUUGUCC